UUCCGGUUUUGAAGGAAGGAGUCUACUUUUUCCGUGAGUUUCGCUUUUUGUUAUCACGCGUUUGCUAAACUUGUAUUAAUAAUGAAAGGAAGGUUUUAUUUCAGUGUAAGAUCGCUUUAAGGAAAGUGUCGAUGACUGAUACGUGUGUUACUUCUUUACUUCUGAGAGCUGCACAAACACAACGUCUAAGCGCACGUCUCUUAUGACUGGCGGACAGCAAUGGCCAUGGUACCUAAGGAAUUCCUGAUGUUUAUUACAGUCUACUCAGUAGUCGUUGCUGGUUCAGAACUCUUAGGUCAUCAAUCAACAUGUCAUUUUCAAAUAAUUUAUUGCUCCUGCAAAGAAAUGUACGGUGUAGAUUUGACCGUGACUGUGGAAAAGUGUAUUUACGACGUGAAAGAAGGAGAUGCAAAAUCUGUUUGUAGCAGAGAGACGGUCAUGGAGAAAUGUAGUAAAGGUGAGCUUUCUAAAUUUUUGUUUGUUGAAGGUGGGAUUUAUUUUCCUGUAAUUUGCCGUUUAUACGGACACCGAGGAGGCCAUAGAAUGAGUCCGUAAUUAUAGGUGAGCAGGGCAACCAAAAAGCCCAGGGAUCAAUUUUUGGUCACAUUCAUUUUAAUGAUUUCAUGAAGGAUCUCUCUAAUGCCAUAGAUGAUUGUACCUUAUUUAUAUAUGUUGAGUCAAUGACAAUCAAAAUAUUGACCAGGAUGAACAUUAUUGUGGAUGAUUUUAUGAAUUUAAUUGAAUGAAAAGAAAUCAUUCAAAAUAUCAAGCAAUAAACUUUUGGAAGGACAAAGAGAAAUCCUAUUGUUGACCUGUGAAGGUUUUGAUGUCCACGUUCAAGAUGAAUUGGAACUCCUUAGUGUCACUCUCGAUAGUAAAGCUUAAAGUUUAAGAGUUAGAUUCAUAAAAACUGAUGCAGGUGCCUAUUUUCCGUCAAAAGAAGAAAAUGUUGCCUUUAAGGUGGGGAUAGAAUGGGGGAUUCCAGAAAAUAUCCGUACCAUACCAUGGACAGCUUCCAUAGUUUAACCGCCCCUUCCCGUCAGAAUUUCCAAAAUGUGUUAUCCCCUGAUGCCUCCGGAUUUCCAGUUCAAAGACCACCCCCCGCCCCCUCCUUGGCCUUGGAAUUCCAAAACGCCGUCCAUGGUUUGGUAUGGAUAUUUUCUGGAAUCGCCCAAUAUAUCAUGCUUUCCCUCUACCACCCUCCAGUUAUUGUUAAGAGUUGUUGUAUCAUUGCAGUAGAAAAAGUUCAAACAAAAUAGAAAAAUCCAAUCAACGAGCCCUUUGUUUUGCAACACAAUCAACCACAUCUUUAAAGAAAUGAACCAGUGAUAUCUCCACUUAAUCAAAGAAUUGUUAAAAAUGGUGAUGACAGGUGUAUAGUGGUGUGAUAAAAAGGGACUGUGCGGGGAAUCACUUGCUAGAUGGGUAUAAAAUGCGUUUUCACUCUCACAACCUAAUGAAAAUGAAUAUAGGCUUGUACUAUACUUAAUUAUUAUUAUAAGAACAGGUACCUACAGUAUGUGGGAUAUGUCAUUUAUUCCUUAAUUAAUCGAUUGAUGUUUUCCCAUAUCUUCCUUUUCAGAUACUUUCUCUUUACGAAGGCAGAGACGUGCGGGCUCUUUAAAUCUCAUUUGUAAUAAUGGAACAAUACUACCUCCUGUUUCGUCGCCUACCAAAAGAGGCCCUCCCAAUGUAAACAUGAUCAGUGGUAAUUCACAAAAUGUUAUGACAGAUGACUACGUUAAAUUCCAGUGCGAAGUGUUUUCUAAUCUUGCGGCUAAUGUAACUUGGCUACUAAAUGGUUUACCAUUAACUGGACAGAUGGCCGACGAUAGGUAUUCAUUUUUGGAAUGCAGAACCAUUUUAAAUAUUAAACAUGUGUUAAGCAAAGAUGCUGGGAACUAUACCUGUCUUGUUAAAAAUGAGAUAGGACAAGCAAUGGCAUCUUCUUAUUUGACUGUGAAAGGUAAGUAAAAUUCAAGCAUCAAUGUUAUUUUCUUGUUUCUAAUUUUGUGUGCACUGAAGAUAACCACUAAAGUCUGUAUGUGUAGCAAAUAUAUUAAUGUAUAAAAGAGCAGACUAGUAUUUUACACAACAAUAAAAUUAACAAAUAUUUUGUUUUGAUUUCCAUAGCGAGAUAUGAAGGCCCAUACAUACUGGACUUUGGACUAGAGGGAAAGACAGGAAUGCAGGGUGUAGCAGUUACUGGGACGUCUUUAAAUUUAACCUGCAGAACUCAAAACACUGCUGUUGACAAUUUUUUUUAUAAGGAUGGUUCUCCAAAGAGAGAGGAUAGAAUACGUUUCACAUGGUAUCAAAGGGAAGAUAUAGAAGACAACAUCAAGGUUGCCAAACUUGAGAUAAAAAAUGUCACAUUAGCAGACUCUGGAAAUUACACUUGUGUGUCAAACCUCCAUGGUAUUGCAAAAAAAAAAACAUUUCCUCUGAGAAUCGGUAUGUAUUCUUUCAGGGAUCUUUUACAAUUUUAUACCUCUUGAUUAGUAAUGUAAGUCAUUGUUAAACAAAUUAAUUCUGUUCUUAUUUUCUUCAGAAAAAACAACAGUAAAUUUAGUGUCACUGACAUUAAAUUAACAACCUGUUGGCAGUUUAGCUCAGCACGUCAAUGUGUAUAGUUAAAUCUAAAAUUAUACCUAAAUGAUACAUAAAAUAUUUUGUUGGUGCUGGCAUUUUUUUAGAAAUGCUUUUUUGUUGUUUUUUUUUCUAAUCUUGAAACCAUCUGGCCAAAACACUUACGAGUAGUUAACACGUACAUAUACAGACUACAGGUGCACAAGUGGUAAAUAUUAAUGUACCUGCAAUCCUCUGUCUCUCCUCUAUACUCCAACCACAUCUGAUAUUGUUUCUUAAAUUUUUAACCUUAACUAUAUGAAUAUGAAUCAAGCCAUGAACGUUCGAAUAAUAAUCUGACAAUUCCUGAGUUAAAUCAUGUACCUGUACGGCCUUUUUCUGAAGAGAGAAAGCUCUGCCUUAUAAUUAGGCUUUGGAACUGUAGCUUUGAAAAAUUUCUUUGUUGAGUUCUCGUAAGUUGGUGCGAAGCCCAUGCCGCUUUUGUAGUUUUCUCAGACAGUGUUUACAAAUAUGUUGUGAUGUGUCAUGCAUAUUAAAUUGUAAAGAAAUAAUUUCCUCGUACUCGUUAAAUUUUCCAUGGCGUCGUACAAGAUUUCAAAUGGUUUGCUUAAUAUUAGUUAUUUUUAAUUUUUGUAUUGGUUUAUAGUAGUUUGAAACAUUCAUGUUUAAACAAGUCUUGUACUCAUCUGUGUAAUUUGGAUCGAGAAUACAAUUUAUUACUUACUUUUUAUGUUUAACAAAGACAUUCAGAAACUUUGGCCACAGUCUCAUAGAGCUGUUUAUCAACAAAACAUGAUCAUAAAUUCACCAGAUGUUAAAACUCUAAAAUUAUGGCAUGUAUGUGGAAUUCUCCUUAUAUUUUUCUCGAUAAGAAUAAGCAGUCUCGAGCAUACAUGUGUCGGUAUGCAUGAUGUGAGAUUGAAGGGUUAAUGGCUUCCGGGCACAAGGAUCAUCCCUAUAUUGUGUACAUGUGAGUUGGCAUGUUUAAUGAUAAUUAUCCUUAUCAUUAUAUGAAACAAACAACAACUUCAUCUCUUAAAACUUUUUGUUGUUUUCCAGUUUGUCCUCCAGGGUCUUAUCACAAUUCUUCAGCAGAUGAAGCAGUGAGCAUUACCGACUGCCCUCCAGUAGACGACCCUACAGAUGCAAGUAAUCCCAAGAUGGAGAAAGGUUACUUUAUUAACUUUCUAUGUAAUUUGCCAUACUGCUUUUGAAAGUACAGUGAUUGGGCAGGAGCUGUAGUACAUUAGGGAGAUCAAGUGACUGGGUAAUUGUUACAAAAACAAGACCCUCAUAAUGGGGUUCAAUUUGGGCUGCCGACUGUGCAAUGCAGAGUAGUUAUAUUUUUUUGUACACUUUCUGUCCAGAUUAAGUGCAUAGCUAUAGUUCUACAGUAACUGGUGGAAUGGGAAAGAGAUAUACGUACUUGGUCUUUUAAAAUAAGAGAAGAUUGGCAGUAUUUUUAACUGGGACAUUUCGAUCUAUAGUUAUAACGCGCCCCUAAUCUCACUGCCCCCCAAAACAAGUUUAGAAUACUGUUAAAUAACAGUAAAAUUUUUUUCUGUUUCUUAAAACUUGCAAACAAAUUAAGUUUCAGUUUUAUUUCUGUGGGAUAUUGCAUUUAAAGCUCUUCUAACUACCCAAGUGAAGAUGUUUCCAUUUGAUGGGGUGGUCUAAGUAUGGUUUAUUUUGGUAGUCUUAAAGGGUCUUCCACCACUUACUGCCUACUCAAUCUCAUCCACAACUGGCUCUCUGAGCUUGAUAAUCCUGGUUGUUAUUUGAGAGCCUGCUUCCUUAACUUUAGCAAGGCGUUUGACAGGAUUGAAAGGAGAAAACCCAUUUUAUAAUGAAGAGAAUGAGAUCAGUCACAACAGUUGCUUAUGUUAAAAUUGUAUCACUAAUUUGUCUACAUGUGCAUGUAGUUCUUUGAAUUCAUAACAAUAUUAUUAAUUUUAAUUUGUGCAAGAAUGAGCCAAAUUCCUUUUAACAUUCUUGUUUUCCUUCAGGUGAACAACAGUCUAGUCACAUUACUUCUAUGCAGAUUGCUGGUAUAGUCUGUGGUAGUCUUGUUGCUGUUGUCAUCCUGGUUUUGGUAUCUCUCUGUGUUGUGAAAAAGUGGAAAUUGCUGUCUUCCCACAAAACCAGAAGAGCAAGUUCCAACCCAAAUAAUUUGUUAUCUUUUCCUUGUGAGCUACCAGUAGCAGACAGUGAUUUGAAUGGUUUGUGUGAGCCAAGUAGCAUUCAAUGUUCACAGAUUGUUAAAAGACCACCUGAAAUUGGUGAGUUUGUAUACAUGUAUGUGGCAUUGACUUGUUUGUUUGUACUCCAGCGUUUUUUAUGUUUCAUAGCCUCUAGGUACUGUAUGUUUUUCAUCUUUGGAAACCCAGUUAAUUGGCACGGAAUAUUCAAGGGCAAAAGUUGUUGAGCUGUGGGUUAUUGUGAGUGGUUUGAGUUAUUGUGACCAAUCAGAAACAGGUUAUUCAUGUGCCCCUGUAAAUUUUCAGUAAAUAGAGAAUACUUCAUGGAAAGUGCUGGUGUACGGUAUUUACACACGAGUUGUUGACGUAAAAACAAGAAAUCUCACUCGUUCUAUUUCUGACACAAAAACGAGUGGGUAAGUACUGUACGAAGCACUUUGCAUGUGGUAUUGUGUUUAUUAUAUACAUACGGAGACACUCAUCAUUUUGGUGGCCUUUUAUUUAAAAUCUUUCCAAAAGGCUUAAAUUUGCCGCUACACACCACGAAAUAACAAUGAAAACGAAGUAUCGGCUUUUUAGUAGAAACGUUUCUUCAAAACAUAAAUGACAGUAUGGAUAUGAGGUAAUCCAAGAACUACAAGUAAUCUUAAUUGUUUGUUCUGAAUGUACAAUUGAAAAUGAGUGAAUUUAAGUAAAAUGGCCGGUUUCAAUAUAAGCUUAAGCUUAUAAAUGGAAGACAAAGUGUCUCCAAGAAAAAGCACAACAUAAGCUUACGUCUUGUUCUGUUUUUCCCCUUCCGCUGUUGUUUCGCCGGCUCUCCACAGUUUUUUUAUCGACAGUGAAGCAAAUGAAACUAUUCCACUCCAUUUCUGAAAUGUUUUUCACUUUUUUAACGAGAAAAAACUCUGAGAGAAAAACUUUUCUCCUCAAAUGUGUGCGAAGCGGCGCUCAGCAAGCUGCAAGGAAAGGCGGGAAUUUUUGCGCGAAACUCACACACCUCUGUGGCUUCUGAUUGGACGUAUCAUUCUUCUCACAUGUGAAAAAACAGCGUUCGCGAUUCUGAUUGGACGUAUCAUUUUUUUCACGUGUGAAAAACAUAGUUCACUCCCCUGAUUGGCUAGAACUCAUUUGUGUAUCAAAAUUUACAAUGCAACUUGUUGGUGAGUGUUUCUUAUUAUGUAUAUAAUAAAAGUAAUUGUCCCUGGGCUCUACUGUUCUUAUCCCAUUCUGAAUAGCUGCCCCUUGGUCUUCAAGCAUAUACAGCUAUUUCAAGAAAGGUUGUCGGAAAAAGUGCUCACAACAUUCCUGAAAGGUAUUGUGAGUGAUUUUGAGUGCACUGUUCUUCAAAGAAAGAAUGGCACCUGAGGCCACAGACAUAUGUUUUCGAGUGCUAAAGGAAAGCAACAAAAGUAGGUUCGACAGCUACAGUUGAUAGGAACAGUGUAUUGAUCAUAUCCCAUAUUGUCCCAUGCACAUUUUUUCUGACACCCUUUCUUGAAAUAGCUGUUUAUCUCUGUAAAGUGUGUACAGUACAUCUUUUGGUGGGAGGACUGCGCAAAGAUUUUAUUUUAAGGUGUAAUGCAUAUGUGAUAUGUCCCUAUGAAAAAAAGUAAGUUUUUCAGCAGUAACCUUGUAGCCUGUAUCAUAGGAGAGCACUGUAUGAAAAACAAUCUCAUCCUAAUUAGUUGCUCUUGGGCCUGGUAAAGGAUUAUAGCGGAGCUCUCGCGCAUGACGCGCGCCAGCGGAGCACCAUGGGUAGGAAAAUAAAGUAAUCUACCCAUCCGAGAAAAUUUGGUAAUCACGUGACCGUACACCGCCCGCCCGCCUGAGCGACCAUCCGCACCACAGGCAUACCAAUGUAAAAUAACUCAAUCAACAGGUAUGGCAACCCAAAUGCAACUCGAGGUUAUUUUGGCGGGAAAUCGCAUAACCACUGGCGUCUUGUAAAGCAGAGACAACGAAAGAGUCAAUCAGAGGAAAGCGGAAAUUGUUUCUGUAUCUGUGUUGUCUAAAGUAUUUAGUUUAGAUUAAUUGUCAUGUCCACAAAUUUGGAAUAUAGAGCAGGAGAAAGACAGAGAAAAAGAGAGAGUAGGCGGCAGGCCAGUGAAGCUCAACGAGAAAAAGGGCGACAGAGGUCUAGAGCGAGAGAUAAAAAACAAAAGAGACAUUUUUUUUUGGAAGAACAACAUAAAAAUUUUGUAGCGGCGGUGACAAAAUGGGAAAUGCCAGCGGCCACCAAUGCAAGGUGAAAAUGAGUGGCAGUGUAAAAAAAAAGUGAACGAAAACACGUACGACAUUUCCUCCAUAAAACGUGUAACUAAGAAGUUUCUGGAAGUUUCAUGUUGUAGUCGUGCAAAACAACGGCAAAGAAAUGUACAAAAAAAGUGUGCUGCACGUGCAAAGUAACUUUUUUUGUUAACUAGAGCUAUUGUUGUUUUUCACCAUUCUCCGGCGUUGCCUUCGCCGCUUAACAUUACACGAUUUUAAGGUCGGUACACACUAGGCGACAAGUUGCAGCGACAUGUUGCGGCGACAUAUUGCAGCGACAAAUCGCUUCGUGUGUACUGGAGAAUUUUUGUGAAAAUCUUUGUCGCUGCAACAGAAUUUGUCGCCGCAACAAGUCGCACAGAUUCAGUCUGAUUUGAUUUUUUGCGACUUGUUGCAGCGACAAAAUUCUGUUGCGGAGACAAAGAUUUUCACAAAAAUUCUCCAGUACACACGAAGCGAUUUGUCGCUGCGACGUGUCUCCUCACCUUGUUGCUGCAACUAGUCGCCCGACCUGUACACAUGGAGUGAUCGGUCGCCGCGACGUGUUGCUGCAACUUGUCGCUUAGUGUGUACCGAUCUUUAUAUUUUUUUGAACAAACUUUAAAUAUUAUCGAGAGCUUCGCUUUUAGCCCUGGCUAAAUCUAUAUAUCAUUGAGUCUCCAUUACAUGUGUAAAUUCUGUGGUGGGUUACUGUAGGGAUCUACAGUAUGCCACAGGGCUUAAUAGACAUCAGAAGAGUUUUGGUUAGGAGUAAGGUGAUUAACCAGGAAACCAGGACGUGUUAAAAAACAGGGUCACAACUAUAAUUUUGAACGUCAUUUGAUAGUGCAUAUGAACGCAUUGCCUUAAAUUGAAAUCCAGCUUAGCAGAUGCCAAUGUGUCCAGGGUGACCCCAAUACCAAGACAAAUGGAGGAAUUUUCAAAGUCAGUAACCAUUAGUUAAUUGCUUGCUAAUGUCUCCAGAAUCCUUAAAAUAUUAAAUUUUAGUAUAUGAACCUCAUAACUGAUAACGUAAAUUUUUUACUCUUCGUUUCAGACUGUAAAGCCAGGUAUGACGUGUUUAUCUGUUACAGCAAUAAGGACGUUACCUGGGUUAAAGGUCUAUUGGAAGAGCUUGAAAAGCGUGGCUUUAUCUGCUGCGUUGACUUUAAAGACUUUAUUCCUGGGGCAGCAAUUGUAGAAAAUAUUUCUCAAGCAAUUUACUGUAGUAGGAAAACAGUCGCUGUUCUGACGCCAGAUUUUGUGAACAGCGAAUGGUGUAACCACGAGCUUCAGAAGGCUCUGCAAAGAAUACAUUCACACCAAGUUGUGCCAGUGAUGUUGAGGAGCUGUGCCGUACCUUUAAUACUGCAGGGCACAUCAUAUCUUGACUGGGAAAACUGCCACGUUAAACCCAAUUUUUGGCCAAUGCUUGAAAAAGCUUUAAGGCUACCUAGUAACAAUUGCAGCAACUCUGUUAAAAACAACAGCAGCUGA